AUGUCGGCCUCUCUGCAUGGUCAUCCCUAUCAGCUCCAGUCCCAGUCUCGUGCUCAAGCAGACUGUACCUAUCCUUCCCAGGCCACAUCCUCCCGAGCCGGACCAAGCACGCAACGUCCAUCGCCAAAGCCAUCACAGUCUCCGUUACCAGCUACUUCAACGUCGCCGGCUCAGUCCAAGUCAGCCCACCUCGGCUCUGAACUCUAUGAUGCCAUUGUUCAGGCUGCCGAUCCGAAACACCCAGAUCACGCCGCAUGGCAACAGCGAUACGGCUCUCUCUCGGACCGAUCGUCGCGCGCCUCCGUCACAAGCAGCCACAAGCGAGACAAGCUACCGGCCUCCUCACCUACAACAACGUCGUCACGCAACUCGUUCGAAUACACGGAUCUUUUGAGCCGAAGGAAGCACGCACCGCGCAAUGCUGGCUGUUGGGACCUAGCUUAUCGCCAAGCAAAUGAAGCUGGAGGAUCGGAUGCUGACGACCCCCCCUCGAACGAAGGGCGUUACACUCCUGUGCGCGCCUCGUUCGAAGGUUCAGUACGCUCGCUCUAUUCUGCGUCCGUCGCCAGCUCGAGCCAUCGACGUCGCAAUCGCAGACUGCGAGACUGCCCCAAGCCUCUCGUACCUCCCAUUCCACCACCGAGGGUCAGCAGCUCCACCAAUUGGCAGUCCACAUGCGGCUCUCCUUCACUACCCGAGCUGACCACCCCAACGCCACGUCUGCAAACCAGCCGCCCUUCCGCCUCCGGCAACACCGGCGACAACCUUGGUCAAACUGACUCGCCGCGCAUGUUCGCCUCGCCAUCUGCAUCCCCGCCAUUGCGCAUGGCCCAUCCUUACGCCUUCGCUCUCAGCUUCGAAAGACCGCCAAAGCACGACUUGAAAUCGCUACCGUCCUUGCCAGACGUGCCACGUCCCGACCAUGCGCUCCGAGAGUUUGCUGCUUCUGAGUACGAGCGCGACCGCAUACCACUCCAGAACUCGACCUCCGUGUCAUUAUCCCCAUCCCUGCACACCAGAUCGAUGCUGGAUUCGCCUAGGCCCUAUGCGUCAAAUCACAGCGCUACCGCUAGCAAGUCCAUGAGCAAGAUUCGCCAAUUACUUGGGCCCGAGACAUCCACGCUUGGCGCAUUGUCCAUGCCCUUCCAGACGCCCAUUUCCGCAAGACGCGAGUUCAACGCACACGAACCGACCAGUGAUCAAGUGUCCGCACCUGCAGUUCCUCCCAAGAACAAUGCUCGUUCACAACACCCGGCGACCGCUUCCACCGCACGACAAGGCACAUCUGCAUCCGCAAAGCACGCAGAAGAGGCGACGUUUGCCAAGCAAGGCGAGGAUCCAGCGCGCGAUGUCGACACCAACAUAUUUCCAUUGCGUCGCGACGAUGAAUUCCGCGCCAAUGAGUUCGAGUCGCCAGAUGAGCUCGAGGCCGAGGAUCCGGGUGUGGCUACACAGCUACCGUCUACGAUCUUCCAAUUUACACCGUCAUCUUCCACGAGGUUGGACAGAGGUCCUGGCGUGGUUAGACGUAGUCUCGACUCGAUCAUCUCACCUUUCCGUGCUGGCUUACUGGGUGUGUCGUCUAGUACGGCUCGGGCUCCGGCAGCCGCAGCUUCCACUACGUCUCUGGCGGUUCCCGUACAGGACACCAUCGCCGAAGGCCGUCGCAGUUUCUCAGACUCGCGCUUCGUGCGGCCUUUCCUCCCUCGUAGCCGGCAUGCGACGCUUGGACGGCAGGCGCGACCGCUUAGCAAGGUUCUCGAUCGUCCCGAUGACGAGCUCGAAGAGACGUGGCUUCCAGUUGGUGUUCGACGUGGUGGAAAUAAUCCAUCAGGCGCACCGACAGUGGAAGCAGCGGUGUCACAGAACAUGGGCGCUGCCGAGUUUAACAUGCCAGAUGCUGUUGCGAGUCAACACCGUCAAGAAGAUGAACUUCCGAACAUGACCAGCUCCCGAAGCCUGGCCAGCAUGUAUAGUCGUUCCACCAGCAACCUGCACUACACACCCGACUCGGGGCACGCGACCACGAAGGUGCAACAACGUCCACGAACCAAGCUAGGAGGUCUCUUCAACAAGGUCAAGGGCUCCAUGACACCCAAGGCGACAUCGCAGGAGUUUUUCCCAUAUCCCCCUUCACCCUCGGCGUCGACAUUGCAUCAGAGCCCUCCGGGUGCAGCUCCUUCCCUCCCAACAUCGCCGCCAACGUCCCUUGGUGCCACUUCGCCCUCUCCAGUCCCCGCAAAGAAGGCGGAACGACUUUUCCGGCUCCGUGUCAAGUCCUUGACCUCGCUCUCGUCCUCUCGCACCAAGGAUGAGAUCGUCUAUGUUCCCCCGGUUCCCGCUAUACCAGCCAGCUACGUCACUUCGGAGGGUGAAGUCACACGCUCCGUCUGGGAAGAAUCGCCACGAGUGCCGGAGUCUUCCACCUUCUCAUCUGAAAAGAGCACGCGCACGAUCGGCAGGUUGCUAUGGCGCAAAAAGACCCAGGAUGACGUCGACUUCGCCAGCGAGAACUUCUUGCCAUUGCCUCCGAGACUGUCUCAUCCUCACAUUGUAGAAGAGGCUGUGCCGAGAUCUUCCAUGUCUUCCGCUCGCGGCUUUGAUGUUGUCGAGCCUUCCGAGACUGCUCCUAAUGUCGCACUGACACGGACCACGAUCCGUAAGACGCUGAGUCCUGCUCUGCUUAGCGAUUCGCCGCAGCCGGGAUUCGAGGCCGCUUUGGAAUACGGAGAUGAUAGCUUGUUCGGUGGUGGCAACGCGUUCUCCGGCCAGGGACAAGGCAGAAGAGAGGAGGGUAGCCAACUGCACCUGGCAGGCGACGGCACUGUUGAGGAAGCGAGCGAGGUGGUGGAUGAUGAGCAGACUUUCCGUUCACCGCUCUGCCGUUUCAUCCGGGGCGAUUCACGAGCGGACCGACUCUCGCGGGUGGAGGAGCUCAGCGAGCGCCUGUCCUACAUCGCCGACGUGAACGAAUCCAGCGGCAUCCGACCAUCCGCAUCCAUGCCGACGUCACUUUCGAAAGGCCACAGCCCGCGCUCUUUCGGCGAGCAUAGGUCGGCGCGCCGAAACAUCAAUGGGCUUCAGCUCGGACAAACCUCGCCGUCUGCACUCGAACUGGCCGACGCAAAGUAUUCGCGCACGAGGAAGGGAAGUCUCGACAUUCUGCGGCCCAGCUACAAGCGAGCAGGAGCCACAGCCUUGGAGUCGCCCGCCUCGAUGCCAUCCUCGGCCUUGACUUCCCCUGCUUUCAACAAAUUCGCAACGACUCCCAAGAGUCCCGCUCCUUCCAGUUGGAGCGAGCAGCUGGCUCCAACGUGGCGAUCUACCGCAUCUAGGAAUGGGCGCACAUCCUUUUCGCAGGAUCGAGAUCGCGCGCCAGUCGCCAGUCCAAUCAGUCCGGCAUUGCCGUCGAGUCGAGGCGUCGGGCAGGCGAUCAAACGGUUAGGGAUCAAAGGAAAGGCCUCAAAGGGCAGCAAAGGCAUUGGACCCGCAGACGUCACCGUGCUCAGCUUGAAUGGCGAUGAAGACGAAACCGAGAUCAUCGCGGAUACUGGCUCGCGGCCGUCGGUUUCGGCUGAGCCAAGAUCUUCGUUCGGAGGUGGUGCAAGGCCCUCAUUCAGCAUUUCGAUGCGCUCGCCCUUCGCAACCAGCAGACCGAGCUUUGAAGCGACGGCACGCAGUGGCCUGUCUGCGAACGAGACGGCUUUCGAAGCGAGUGGGUUGAUCCCAAGCCCUGUCGCUCCCUCAUUCGGCAGUAGCAAGGAUUUUACCAAGCAUCUGCCAAACAGGAUUGUGACGGAUGGCGAUGGACGGUCGAGUGGAAGCCAAGUAGCUGGUCUGGGCAUCGGUUCCGUGCAGUGGUCUGAGGCCAUGCCGACGCACAAAGGCGAAAGUGUCGACAUGCCAGGCAGUGCUUCAGACGGCACCUUUACCACCCGUGGCGUCCAUACUCCCGAAAACGGAUCACUUUCCCACAGCUACUCGUCUCAGCUGCCGGCAAGGACCGAUUCGACAGGUGCGACGUCUCCCACCGCCGACAGAGCCAGCAUGGACGCAGGCUCGCAGUCGAUUGCGCCGCUUAAAUCGGCCGAGUUGCUGGCCUUUGAGGAUAUGUUGGGUCGUUUUCCGCAACAGCAGAAAGUGCUGUUGCAAGACAUUUCAGCCCGUGUUGCUCAAACACCAAACGGAGGAGCAUCGAGCAGCAGAGAAGAUGUUUCGAGCUUCCCGCCUUUUGCCUCGUCGUAG